CGCCAUCCGUUCCCCCGGUUUCACUGAUCCACCAAACAAGUUCGUCGUCUUCACCUAGCAAGUGAACUAGCUCGUUUGUACGUGUCCGAUCCUCUAGCAGCGGCGGACCGAUCGGUUGCUUGGUCCAUCGAGAUCGAUGGCGGAGAGGCAGGAGGUCUCUGGCGGCAUGGCGGCGCCGAUGUGCGCCAACGCCUGCGGGUUCUUCGGGAGUGCGGCGACCAAGAACCUCUGCUCCAAGUGCUACAAGGAGCACCUGAUCAAGACCGCCGCUGUCGCCGCAGCUCCCGUCGUCGACGAGAAGAAGAUUGAGGUCGUCGCCAAGGCUCCUCCUGCUGCUGCUCACGUGAUGGCCACGGCCACGCCGGUUGCUCAAGCGCCGACGACGUCGACAACAGAGAAGGACAACGGCGGCUGCGGCUGCGGCCUCGUGGAGACGCAGAAGCAGGAAGCAUCCGCCGCCGUCGUCGUCGGCGGCGCCAUCGUCAAGUGCGCGGCCGACGGGUGCGGUUUCUUCGGAUCCUCGGCGACCAACAACAUGUGCUCCGGCUGCUACAUGGACUUCCUCAAAGACGCUCACGCCUCCCCUGCUGUGGCGGACAAGGUCGUCGUACUCGCUGCCGAGAAGCAGCCGGCGGCGGCCCAGAUCUCUGCUGCAACGUCCAGUACUGCACCGGCGGCGGUGAAGGCGGCGGCGGCGCCCAACAGGUGCGCGUCGUGCCGCAAGAAGGUGGGGCUGCUGGGGUUCCCCUGCCGCUGCGGCGGCACGUUCUGCGCGCUGCACCGGUACGCGGAGAAGCACGCCUGCGACUUCGACUUCAAGGCGGCGGGCCGGGAGAAGAUCGCCAAGAACAACCCGCUCGUCGUGGCAGCCAAGAUCAACAAGAUCUGAUGCAGGCUAGAAUGCAUGAAGGCUGGCUCUCGUGAUCAUAGUUAACAACACUCAUGAUCAUAUAUAGUUUGUCUGCAUGCCAUACACGAAGACAGAAGUAUUCCUGUGUCAGGCAAUUUGACUGUUCCCAUUAGCAACCAUACCACCAUGUAUGUAUAUCGGAGAAUUGUAUUGUAAUAACAUUAUUUAUUCUUGUUAUAACAUUCUUUGAUACUUA